AUGAUUUUUCAGUAUUGUAACGCGAGAGAGGCCCAAGGUGUGCGGCCGGUCAACGUGUCGGCAUUCGAAGAGUAGUGACGCUACUCCGAGGCGCCUUGAUCGAGGGGCGUAGUCCGAAAUUGAGGAUAAGAACAGGGCCUCGUGGCGAUUCUGUACGCGCAACAUAUAUCCCACUUCGGGUUCCGUGCUAUCCCGUGAGAAGAUUACGAGAGCGCGCACGUAAGAAUUGAAGGAGGAAGAGAGAAGCAAGUGGAGGAAAGAGAGAGCCAGUCGGGGGAGAUCGGUUUGACAAGCGAGCCACUGAGCUGCGCCACGAUACCGCAUAUACGAUGUCGAACCACUUUGCGUUUGACUCAUCGGUACUAUUUUAAUUUUGGAAGUUUAAGUGAAGUGUACGUGUGAAAUAAAACGACAUUGUGAUUUAUCGGUGAUUACAAGAAUCCUGCCAACAAGAAUCGUUGCCAAUGUGCAAUUCGGGGGACACUUCCUAUAUACAAAAGCUAGGUUAUCUGCAUCUUGGGGAUGACACCGCAGACGCUGGUGGUACGACAAGUACGAGAGUCUCAGGUUCCAGACCUGAGGCUCAAGUACCUCUAUCCAGAAACGUGAUUAACAGAAACGAUGCCAGAGCGUCUGGUAGACCUGUCGGUGCUAUUGAGAGUUUUAUCGAAGGCAAUUCUUCAGAUGUUUCUAGACAAGCAACCGCGAAUGAUUAUAAGUUGUAUGAACGUGAAAACAUCAUAGCUGCUUCACGAUUUGCUACUCCGAAACCAAUAGAACAAAUUAGUGCACAACAACAACAGCAGCAGAGUCAGGCUCGCGGAGCUCAUCAACAAGCUCCUGUCUAUGAAAAUAUAGAUUAUUUUCCACAGCAGACUCAACCACAUCCUCCUUAUUAUCAUUCAAUAGAAUCUAGAAAAAGUCCUAAAAGUAGUCCUAGAGGUUCCUUGGUUGGUGAUUCUUACGAAGGGAAUUAUAGAAAAGCUCAACCACAAGUGCCAACUGGCAAUCGUUAUCAAACUGUAUCACCGGCAAAAGAAUUACCUCCGUACGAGGCUCCACCAGUAUAUGAGAAUAUACAAGAAGUGCACUUUUCUGAAAACAUGCAAAAUAAGCCAGGGCCUCAAGUUCCAUCAAACUAUUAUCAUCCAGCAAAUAUCAAUGGCGGUGACUAUGUUGUUAUGACUGGAAAAGUGGGUCAGUCUAUGAAUCAACGCGGGCUAACACAAAAUUUAUCAUAUACUCAGCAAAGAAGUGGAAGUAUGCGUGGCCAGAAUUAUGAAAGUUCAAGUUUACAACGAUCACUUGAUUCAUCCGCAUCUAGGUACUUACAAAGUUCAUCCACUACCUCUUCGGAUCAUCAGGCUGGAAGAAGUGCUUAUGUUCCUCCUUCCGAAUUGCAACCACCAAACAGAAGCUUUAAUUAUAGCUCUGAUCAGCAACAGCAGCAACCUCCUAGAUCUGGUUUACCAUAUCACGGUGAAUCUCCUCCAGUACGCUUACAAUCGGAAUCUCAUCAUUAUCGCGGUUCAUUGGAAAAUGCUAUGAGUGGGCAGCAAGGAUUUCGUGUCACAAAUCAGAUUGAUAAUAAUCAACCUUCUCAAUUUCGCCAAGACAAUACGCAAAAUUAUAAGCAGUACAUUGAACCUUCUUCAAGAACUACAAAUACAAAUUUUACAGGGGAAUCACAAACUAGAAAUUCUCCAGUAUAUGGAAUUCGUCCAGGAGAACAAACAGCAUGUCGUUACUCUCCAAAUCGUACAAUAUCUCAGGGCGAAAGAAAUUAUCAUCAUCAAGAAAAUCGAUCAGAUUUCCCUGCAAGAAAUUCUCCUGUUUAUUCUUCUAAUCGCUCGACAGAGCACUUGAGAUUAGGUACGUUGCAACAAAAUGACAGGAAUUACAUAUCAGACAUAUCAGAUCCUGCAACUACAAGAAGUUCACCCCUUUACUCUCCAAGUCGAAGUGAUUCCAUCAGAGCCAUUAUUGCUAACAACAAUGUAGCAAGAGAAUCACCAAAAACAAGUCCAACACAUGCUCAAAUAUUAUCAGAUAUUGCUGCACAAAAUAUAACUAAUUCAUCUAGACGUGGAUUGCCUUCUUCAUCCAGUUUUAUUGGAAAUCCUGUACGUGGACAAGUUCAGACAGCUGUCUCUACUGCUUCAACUGCAACGAAUGAAAUAGACAUCAAUGCUGGUCCUAGAAUCACUAGCCUUCCUCCUGGCGUCACUAGUGGAGUUGCUGGACCUGUACUUUUAAAUGCCGGUGUACCUGUAUUGCAAAAAUCUUCUGAGCCGGAGAGGGAAGAGAGAAAAUCCGUUAGUCCACCAAUGAAGCCGGGAAAAGGAUUGUUACCCUACAAUGUCAUUUCCAGACCCUCGGGACCUACGGAAGCAGAAAGAAAGAUAGAAGAGAUGACGAGACAACUCGAAGAGGAAAUGGAAAAACAGGAGGAAGAAGGGGAAUACUUCGGUAUUUGCCAUACAUGCGGCGAAAAAGUGACCGGUGCCGGACAAGCUUGUCAAGCAAUGGGCAACCUCUAUCACACCAAUUGCUUCAUAUGCUGUUCCUGCGGAAGAGCGCUCCGUGGUAAAGCAUUCUACAAUGUUCAUGGGAGGGUUUACUGCGAGGAAGAUUAUUUGUAUUCUGGUUUCCAACAGACGGCCGAGAAAUGUGCAAUUUGCGGCCACCUCAUCAUGGAAAUGAUAUUGCAAGCGAUGGGCAAAUCGUAUCACCCAGGUUGCUUCAGGUGUUGCGUAUGCAACGAGUGUCUUGAUGGUGUUCCUUUCACGGUCGACGUCGACAAUAAGAUUUACUGCGUGAAUGAUUAUCACAGAAUGUUCGCGCCCAAAUGCGCGUCUUGCGGAAAGGGAAUCACACCGGUUGAGGGAACUGAGGAAACGGUUCGGGUAGUCUCCAUGGACAAGGACUUUCAUGUGGACUGCUACGUUUGCGAGGAUUGCGGUAUGCAAUUGACCGACGAACCGGAUAAGCGGUGUUAUCCACUCGACGGUAGGCUUAUGUGUCGUGCAUGUCACAUCCAACGCAUAUCGCACACGCAACCGAGGGCACCGCAGCCAGUAUCGGCCAGCUAUCAGUUUAUGGGCUAAGUUACAUCAGUGGUCUCCAUUUUCCAAACUGCGCACGUAACGAUCAUCCGAUAAUACCGUAGGAAUCGAUUAAAUAAACCACGUGUAGCAUAAGAAUGGAAUAUUCGCGUCGGCUAUGAAUGCAUGAGAAAGAUCAUUAUAAAACAUUCGCACAGAUGAAAAUCGAUUGACGAUUCAAUAAUUAUAAAUCACGUCUUACUGAUCGCUAUAAGUCAUUGUUCUUGUUAAUCUGUUUAUGAUACAUGUUCAUACAGUCGCUGUAUACUCUCCUAAAGCGGCAGAUAUUGAUCAAAUUAAUAUCGAAGUUAAUAGUUGUGACAGCAAUAUUCGUGAUUGAUGUACGGCAAGAAAUAAUAGCCUAUUAUAACUAUCGCAUAUAUUAGAUUUGUUUUUUAUAAACAUCGAAAAGAUAGCAUUUUAGCUAUCCCGAUCUUUAAGAGAAAUAUGUCAUUUUGAAAUAACUAUACAAGACUGGAUGUUAGAAAACCGAAAUCAUUACACUGCCCUCUUGGUAUCAUUUUAAUCAAUAAACAUGGCAUAUAAACAUGAAUGCAAGGACACACACUUAGUUUUUAUCUCAUCGAAGACAAAAGCCGACGUAAGACUAAGUAAGUAGUAUAUUUAAUAUAUACGAAUCUUAUUUAUUUGUGAAUGGUUGUACGUACGUACGUACAUUGAUCAUUACAUUUGAAUGCAGUGGUCUCAUUAGGAUGAACGAGUUGCGCAGGCAACUGUGAUAUAGUAGCAUAAUAGUAAUAAUUAUAUUCGUAGUUAAGCAGAACUCCAUACUUCAUGCAUGUACAUAACAUCCAUCAUGUUCUUAUUACAUCUUUUUAUCGUGUUCAUCAUAAUGCAAAUUCCUGAACGGAAAUAUAUGGAUCUCGGAACUUGCAAAUUCCUGCGAACUUUUUCCAUCAGUCGUUUAAGUUUCAUAUUUCACACUUGCAAUAUUUAUUAGGACAAAUAUAGUGUUUACUAUACUACGUGUACGCGAAGACUCGCGCAACAUUAAAAUUUAUCGGUAUAUGACAAUAUAAUAUGACGAUACUAUGAGGGUUACAAUGAUGUAUGUUAGUAUUAGUGUAUUUGCGAUACAAAGACCUGGAAAAAUAUGUUUCAUGUACAUGAUACAUGAUAAGUGACUAUUAGCAUUGAAAGACGCACAACUCGAGCUGCCAAAUAACUAUUGUUAUUCUUCAUUAAUAACUGUAAUUAUUUCUAUUAUUAUAGUAUAUUUAAGUUCGCGCGUAUUGUAGAUAAAAGUAUAAUCCUAUUUAAAUUGCACAUAUGUAGUAUGUAUAAAUGACAAUCUUUCAAUAAAUAAAACAUUGUACAAUACA